AUAUUAGUAAUACUCAGAUGUAUUGAUAUAAAAUCUUCUAUCACAGAAGAACUGAUAUCAAACAAAAGCAACAUAAAAUCUGAAGUUGAGGAGCCUAAAAUAGUAAAUAAUCAUAAAGAGCCUAAUACCAGUAUUAUGGAAUCUCUAUCUAAGGAAAAAAAAGAUCUCCCAUACGGAGAUAUCAUUCUGGUGGAAAAACCAGGAGAUGUACCAGCAACUAUACUAAAGCAUUCAGUUGGCUUAUGUGGUAGAAAUAUUAAAUGGAAAUAUACAAAGCUUGACAACUCAUGCAAUUGCACUAUUUACAUCAAUUCAGAACAAGUAGCAUGUGCCAUUAGUUGCAAGAAGGAAUUUGCAAAAGAAGCAGCUUCUGCACUUGCAUUAGACAGAUUACGAAAAUAUUACCAUACUGUUAAGAUAAAGCAAAAUCCAAAUGCAACCUUAACGACGAUAGAGAAGACCAAAUCCCAGAAUAAGGUCCAUACCGAUAACAGUCAAAAAUUAAUGAAGUUACUAGGUUGGCCCCGUGAGAGUCUUAGAAGUUCUCAGCAGGGCAACAUGGAACUUGUGAUGCUUAAACAACAGCUCAAUCGAGAGGGUUUGGAUCUGAAAUUAAGUUCCUCUGAUAUGUGUGAACUGAAAGCUAAAUGCAAGAUUAUUUUUAAGAAGUUAUUAAUGGGAGAUAUGCAACACGAUAUAGUAUUUUCUACGGAUUUUACUAACAAAGAAAAACAAACGCUCCUUCACAUCGCGUGUUUAAUGGGUCUUAAAUGCUAUAUUGAUGACUCCUCAUAUCCAACGAAAUUAGUGAUAUUUCACAAAGUCAAUGUCCAAAGUUUACUCGAGAAACUGAAAAGUUUAGCUGGAACUACCGAGACAUACGAGUUGAUACAACCAACUGACUUAGACAAUGAACUAAACAUUGUUGAUAGAACUAUUGAGAAAUACGAGUUGAUAGAAUCAGCCAACUUAGAUGAAAAAGCGAAGGAUUUUGAAGACAGCAUCGAGAAAUACGAGUCGAUAGAAGCAACUAGCUUAGUCGAGGAGACACGAUGUGUUACUCAAACAUCUAUUAUCACAAAAAAAGCUACAUCAAAGAAAACCAACAAAAAAUUAAAAUCUGAAAUUGAAGACACUACUGAAACAUUAAAUAAUUAUAAAAGGCCUAGUAUUAUGGAAUCUAAUAUUAUGGAAUCUUCAUGUAAGAAGGAAAAAAAUCCAUACGGAGAUAUCAUUCUGGUGGAAAAACCAGGUGAUGUACCAGAAACUAUAUUGAUGAAUUCAGUUGGCAUAUCUAGAAAAGAUUGUAAAUGUAAACGUACAAAAUUUUGUAACUCAAGCGAUUACACUAUUUGUAUCAAUUCAAAGCAAGUAGCAUGUAUCUCUGAUUGCAAUCGGAAAUACGGUAAAAAAGCAGUUUUUGCACUUGCAUUAGACGAAUUACGAAAAUAUUACUAUACUAUCAAGAUGAAGCAGAAUUCAGAUGUAGAGAUGAACGUAACUUUAACAAUGAUAGAAAAGAUGAAGUCUGAGGAUACUAUCUCUGACGACAACAUUGGAAAAAAGUUGCUAAAGUUAAUGGGUUGGAGCGGUGGUGGUCUUGGAAAAUCUCAGCAAGGCAUCAUGGAACCUGUGACGAACAACAUCUUUCAUGCACAAUAUUUCGGCCGACAAGGUUUAGGUCUGAAAUCAUGUUCCAAUAUGGAAAUGAACCAGGAACUGAAAGCCAAAUGCAAGAUUAUUUUUGAGAAGUUCCUAAGGGAAGAUAUACAAAACAAUAUAGUAUUUUCUACAGAUUUUACCAAUGAUGAAAAAGCAAUGAUACAUAAAGUCGCGCGUUCAAUGGGUCUUAAAUCUUGCAGCUGUGGCCCCUCAGAUAAAGCGAAAUUGGUGAUCUCACAUAAGGUCAAUCUCCGGAACUUAUUCGAAGAACUGAAGAGUGGUAGAACUAACGAGAAAUACGAGUUGAUAAAACCAACUCACUUAGACGAUAAACUGGAUAGUGUUGACGGAACUACUGAGAAAUACGAUUUGACAGAAUCAACUAGCUUGGAUGCAGAAAUGAAGGAUUUUGAGUGGACCACCGAGAAAUAUGAAUCGAUAGAACUGACCAACUUAGUCGAGGAACUGGAUCAAAAGUGUAUUAUAAAAAAAUCUACUAUCAUAGAAGAACAUAUAUCAGACAACCAAAACAACAAGAAAUUUAAAUCUGAGGUUGAGAACACUAAAACAGAAAAUAAUCCUAGUACCAGUAUUAUGGAGUCUUUAUCUAAGGACAAAAAAGAUCUUUUAUACAGAAAUAUUAUUCUGGUGGAAAAACCAGGUGAUGAACCAGAAACUAUACUGAAGCAUUCAUUUGGCAUAUCUAAUAAAAAUCUUAAUUGGAGAUUUACAAGGUUUACAAGGUUUUACAACCCACGCGAUUGCACUAUAUAUAUCAAUUCAAAUCAAGUAGCAUGUGGCUCUGAUCGUAGUCGUAAAGGCGCUAAAAAAACAGCUUUUGCACUUGCAUUAAACGAACUACGAAAGUAUUGUUAUACUAUAAAGAUAAAGCAAAAUACAGAUGCACAGACGAAUGUAACUUUAACGACGUUAGAAGAAACGAUGUCUCAAAAUAAUAUUCGUGAGGAUAAGAUUGGAAAGAAGUUGAUGAAAUUAAUUGGUCAGAGCGGUGAUAUAAUUAGAGAAUCCCUGCAGAGCAUGAAGGAACCUGUGACGCUUAAUCAACAGCUUAGUCGAGAGAAUUUGGGUCUAACAUCAAAUUCCUCUAGUAUGUGUGAACUGAAAGCCAAAUGUAAGAUCGCUUUUGAGAAGUUCCUAGUGGAAAAUGUGCAAUACAAUAUAAUAUUUUCUACGGAUUUUACCAACGAUGAAAGACUAAUAAUCCAUGAAGUCGCUUAUUCAAUGGGUCUUGAAUCCCGCAAUCGACCAAAUCAACAAAAAUUGAUAAUCUCACGCGGGUUUAAUAUCCUGAGCUUAGUCGAGGAACUGAAGAGUUUGGGUGGAACUACCGAGAAAUACGAGUUAAUAGAACCAACCAACUUACAUGAUAAAGUGGAGAAUGUUGAUGGAAGUAUUGAGAAAUACGAGGUAGAUUCAACCAGCUUAGACGAGGAAGUGAAGGAUCUUGAUGGAACUACUAAAAAAUACAAAUCGAUAGAGCCAAUCAACGAGUUUUGGUGGAACUACGGAGAAAUAUAAAUUGAUAAAACCAAAUGAAGGGACAAUGAAAGGAAAUUAAUUUUAUCAAUAUACUUAUAAGUUCUGUGUACAAAUGUGUACUUAUACAUUACCUAUUACCUAUAAGUUCUAUAUAUAAAUUGUAUGUUCCGUAAAAUUUAAAAUACAUGCUAUAACAGUAUAAACUAUUUGGAUAAAUAAAUAGGUUCUUCACAUCUUU